CCCGAAGUGAUACGAACUUAUUUUCCUGUUCUCUAGUCACCAGUUAAGUUAGCUACUGCGUAGCAGCUACAUGCGCAAGGUGUUUAACAAAAUUGGCGUCACGAAAAAUAAUCGAGCUGCGGACGAAGCGCGUCAGCAAAUGCUAGCGAGAGACCCGCCGGAGAUCUCAUGGGAGAACACGCUCGGCUCGCCCCACGGCGUGCCCUUCGACGACGACACAAAGGAGUUGCUGAAGAAGUGUCUCAACGUCUCCGUGCCGCCACCGACCAGCGUGGCGGAACUAAUCAGACGAAGCAAUACGUUUCCCGUGAAAUUCCCAAUUAACACCGUAAGAUGCGCCGCAUUGAAGGACAGGGGAAUCAGUUCAGAUACCAUCGAGUUAAACGCAAAUUCGGUAUAUCCGCUGAUACACGAAGCGAUGUUGCCUUUGAUUGCCCGAUGGCUGAAACAUAAGCGAUUGUACGGUAGCCCUGUUGAAAAAGUCAUGUAUGCGGACAUGGGCCUCGUCCAAUUUAUCCAUCGCCUGCUGGAUAAGAGGGCAGCCUCCUUUUGCGGUCCCAACGAUCGAUGGAAAUUACUCGAUAACAAGAGCGGCUUUGAUGGAUGGGAGAGUGUCGGUACCGAUCAUGAGAAGGAACCAUUGGUCCUAGCAAAAUGCUUGAGCUACGACGAGAUCAAAUUGUCGGCAAUGAUGGUGGUGUCAUCUCAUACGGAGUUCAUAAACGACGGCUCGCGAAAUAAUAGAGGUAUCGUGAGCAGUGACCCAGACGCCGUCCAACCCAGAGGGGUUAUUAUGGGUGUCAUAGGCACAAGAUUCGAGAGGCCCCGAUUUAUGGAGUAUCAGGACAUCGUCGUCUCGCCGCAACAGAACAACAUGGAUAACGGGUACGGAUCCGCGAUGGAUAGCACAUUCGACGAAAAACGUGGGAUGCGUGUUUUAUGGGCCAAAUUUUAUGGCGAGAAUUAUCAUCCACUCUACGAUGAAACCACGAAACGCAUGAAAUCAAAAGAGAACAGGCGAUAUGUGUCUUUAGGCAAUCAGAUGAUCUUCGAUAUCGAGAAUUACAUGAAGAGAACUUUGCUCUCGGUAGAAAUAAUACUGCUCGAGGCGAACAGCCGCGCCGAAAAACAAAACACAACCGCUUUCUUGCACGUGGUUGGCUUCGGCCUCGGUGUCUGGAAAAUAAUUGAGAAUCAGGAAGUCUAUUUCCUGAAAACAUUCGAAAUUGCUAUUAGGAAGAUGAACAAGAAACUCAAAUACGUUUCGGACAUCAUGUUCGCUUAUUUCCGGCAACAGAAAUGCGGCGGCGCGGGAAACGGCGAUUAUCUGGGUGAUAUAAAGAUACAUUUUGCUCUGAGAGAACCGCACAGCAGACUGUACCGAGCCAACGACGCGAGUAAACUUCUCGUUGUAACUUACGCUUGGGAUGGAAAUACAUUACCAGGGAAUGAAUUCUGGGUAGGAAGUUUAGAAUCUAGUGGCGAUCCAGCGGCAGCGUGCAGCACUCAAAUAGCCGAGCUGCAUAAUUCCAAAAUCAAUCCACGCGCGUGCGGCUCCAGCUUGCACGUCGCGUCCGCGGAGCACGGAAUUCUGCACAUAUCGGAUUAUGCGAAGCUCCACCUUACUUAGGUAACCCCCGAUAAGCGCCCCCCCUCUAUCGACACGCUGGUCUUCCUUGCUGAAUGAAGUUCGAUUUUGUGAUCAUAACCACGUGUGGAACAUAUGAACGAUGUUGCCUUUGUAUUGUCAAUGCGGCAACGCACAUUAUUUAAUCGAGAGAUCUCUUUUUUCUUAUCUUUGUAUUCAUUACCAGAAGUAUAAUAGAAUUAUUGAUAAUACAUUGCAUGUACUUACCAAGAGGCAUUUGAUUGCCGAAAAAAUUGAACUAUUCAACGAAAAGUUA